AUGUCUGGAGUAGGCGCAUCGGGCGGUAACGUUCCCACGCUUGUUGUUCAUUUUGAAGUAAAGACGGAGAACCAGAUUGUAUCGAGAAUACUGAGACUAGAAUCGUCGAGUUUGUUGGUCGAAAUGGCGUUGCUUGAUCUGCUUUGGGUUGGACUCUGCUCUUUAGAACUCCUAACCGGUCGCAACAAGGCGAAAUUGAAGGAAGAUCUUGGCAUCAUUUCUGUGCCAAGAAGGGCGAUUUGGUCAGAUUUAGAAGGCCCAGCAUUCAAAAGAAUGUGA